AUGCCUCCCAAUGCAGGUGGAGGUCGUCCGUAUACAAGGGAGGAAUUGAUAUUUCUGCGAGAUUCACCACUAGUCGUGAAACCUGCCGGCUUACUGUCUACUGCAGAAUGGAUGGGACAAACACCUGAUACGAAUCGAAACACUUCUACAAAGAUAUCUGAUAGAACUAGAGAUCGUGAUGCGAAUCCGCUUCUAGAACACACAAGUCGACGACCACGAAACAGUGCAAAUCCCGAGAGUAUCCAACUUGUGCCCACGAGAACCACCUUCUCGUCAGCCAACCCUGCGCGCAACACAACCAAAGGCAUUGAUUCCCCAGAUCGGCCCGCUCUUCGCGAAAGCGAUUCACAAAGCAAACUUAGCUUUCGUACUAAGAUCGAUGACAGCGAUGAUCGUCCCCGACGUGACACCCUACGACUUAAGCCUGGUGAUGGUGUGGACCCUGAGGGUUGGAUGGAGGUAAAACCUCGAAAGAGUUUUGGUACCGAAGGGGCGGAACGUUUCACCGGGCGUAUGGGUGGAGACCGACAUCGAGAAGAGAAACGAUUCAAAGAUCGAGAGGAGCGCGAUCCGAAGGAACGACCGAGGGGAUUCGAAAAUUUCUCCCGAGAGAAGGACAAGAAUCAUGAACAGGACAACAAUCGCAGAAUUGCAAAUGUUAGGGGAAGAACAGAACCUUCUUGGUUUCGAGAAAGUAAUGAUGGGCCACCAACACCCCGAGAACGAAACCCGAAUGCAGAGAAGUUUGAGAAUCGACAUAAAGGUUGGCGAGAAAAGGAAUCCGAGAAUCGUGGGGAUAGAGGCGAUAGAGGCGACCGACGCUGGGGAGACAGGGACAGAGAUCAUGACGACCAUAAUCGAUCUCUUCCAGAGUGGGCGGCAGAAGACAAAAUUGGCCACAUUUCUCCACAGGAUGACUACCAGAAAUCGCAAACAUCGACUGGCAACAAUAGCCGCAAACAUACAGCAGAGGAUAUGCAGAAAUGGAAAGAAUCAAUGCAUUCCAGGAACAAGCCAGCUGGCAACAAUACAGCAGUGGAAGAAGUCACGCAGCCUAAAGUUGAUGACCAUCCUUCUUUAUCGGGUAUCCAAAAGUCUAUUCCUCUCGCACCACUUGAUACCGGUACUAAUGGAGAUGAGUUCUUCCGUUUGUGGGCUACGCCAAAGAAUGACACUGGACUCGCUUCAAAAUUUGAAGCAAGUACGGAAAGCAUGGUAAAAUCCGUUGUGUCCGCGCCUGGUGGGAAAACCUCAAGGUUCAACAAAUUUUUUAAUCAAGAUGAGCCUUCGCGCAAAGUUGAACCGCAGACAGCUAUUCCAAGACCAGCAUCUCACAGAAUGGACAAUUUGAACAACAAUGGUCAAUCUCCGGCCGACAAAGAAGCAAUGCCAAUGAUACUUGCAAUGCUACAAUCGAGUGGAACUCCCCCAGCGAAUCCGAUGAUGCAGCCGAAACCUAUUUUACAAGAAAAGCAACCAGGCACACCUUUCGAAGGACGUGAUCCUUCGCUGCAACAUCUUCCAGACCGUCAUGAUGAGAUGAGAUCGAAUGCUCAAUCAUAUUCUCAUAACCUAUAUGAUCUAAACGCCCAACGUGAAUCGUCAGGUAGUCAGCCGACUGUGCGUCCCGAAGAAAUGUUGCAUCAUUUAGUCAAUCAGCGUCAACAUGCUAUCAGUCAGUCCUCUUUCAGAGCUGAACCGCCUCGAUCUGCAGAACAAACUGCGUUUCUCAUGAGCCUCAUGAGGGACGCACAGGCUGCUCCAGAGCCUCAAAGAACGGAGCAGGUUGUUCUUGGCCACCCACCAAGACAGCAGCCUAGUCGUCAGCUACAACAUCAACAACAGCUAGAGCGAGAGCAAGAAUUACAAGCUCAGCGCGAGCGUGGCAAUCCUCAGCGUCGCCCGCCCGGAUUCUUUGACGAAUCUAUUUAUCGUGGUGGACCUCCUCAACAUGACAACCCUCGACCUCAACCUACACACAUUCUUCCACGACCCCCUCCAGGUCUCGAGCAAUUACAACAAGUUUGGCCGGGUCAGCCUUCCUCUCAACACCCUCCCCCGCAGCAAUUUCGACCAACGGCUCCUCCAGGUCUGGCUGGGAACGUCCCACGUCCUAUGCAAAUGCCCCAGCAAAUACUUCCCCCGGGUUUUCAAAUGGCUGGUUCUAUGAACAAUUUCCCGCCUCCAGAGGCACUAGCGGGUCCUCGAAACAUGCCAUUUAACCCUGCCUACUUCAAUGGCCCACCGCCGGGCUUCCUACCACCUGUUAUGACCCAAUUCUCAGCGGAAGGUAUGCCGGCAUUUCCUUUCGAUGCUCGUGGGCCACCUCCCCAAGGUGCCUUUAGACGCCAAUAA